AUGGAAAACCAGACAAUAGUGUAUGUGUUGGUUCUCGCUGGUCUGUCUGAUCUUCCGAGUCUUCAGCUUCCUCUGUUCCUGGUGUUUCUCCUCAUCUAUCUUAUAACUCUGACUGGGAACCUUCUCAUCCUUCUCCUGAUCUUCACUGAUUCCCAUCUUCACACCCCCAUGUACUUCUUCCUUGCAACCCUGGCAUGUCUGGAUAUGGGCUACUCCUCAACCACUGUCCCAAGAAUGCUCUUUGAUUUACUCAGUGAUAUAAGGGUCAUUUCUGUACCAGCUUGUAUAACUCAGUUCUACUUUUUCCUCUUUUUUGAUGUAUCAGAGAUGUUUGUGCUGUCGGUUAUGUCCUAUGACAGAUACAUUGCUAUCUGCCGCCCUCUUCACUAUAUGCAGAUAAUGACCUGGAAAGUUUGCUUUCAGUGUGUAUUAGGCCUGUUGAUUUUUUGUGCAGUAUAUUCCUUGAUGCACACACUUUUUUUAACUAAAUUGACAUUUUGCAGUUCUGUUGUUUUGCAAAGUUUCUUUUGUGACCUGCCCCAGUUGCUCGAAGCCUCCUGUAGUGACACAUUCAUUAAUGUAUUGCUUAUAUUUCUUUGUGGAAUACUGUUCGGUGUUGAACAUCGUAAUCAUGUUUGUGAGGUCCUAAAGAGACUAAGAGAGAAUAAUUUGUAUGCGAAACUAGAGAAAUGUACCUUUGAAGUCUCUUCUAUCCAGUUUUUGGGGUUCAUUAUUACCAGCAAGGGUCUAGAAAUGGAUCCAGCUUCUCUAACCCAGAAAAGAGCUGCUGACAAAUCCCGUAGGGAGGCUCCCCAGUACAAGGUUGCCCUGGCUUUCAUAGAGCCCGUCACCAUGCACCAUUGCAGAGGUAUGUUUCCAACCUUGAAAAACAAAAGCCCCAAGCAGGAGCCAAAACGUUGGUGGGCAUAUCAGGAAGGCAUAUCGGAGGAGAUCUACUGCUUGGCAACCUCGCCAAACGAGCAUAUCUUACAGUGUAUUACAGUUUACUUGCAACUGGUGACUCCACCCUGGCUGGAGUUCAGUCCCCUUCUCAAACAACAGAGGAGGACCUCUGCCUUCCCCAUCACAGAAUCCACAUCUUUGGUCUUCAGGAUCAGUCAGUCUCACUCCUAA